UUCCUUUUCUGGAGGACACACGCAUCAAGGAACAAGUCUUAAGGAUAAAUAAUGUUCAUUGAAGUGUUUAUUUUUGCGCUAAAAUAUCUAUCACAAGUUGAGACCACCAAUUUCCAAAGUCACAAAAUCAACACAGUGUGUGGCCGCCAGCUGCAUUGAUAACCGAUUGACACCGUCGAUUCAGAGAGAAGAUAAGUUGUUAGAUAAACUGCAGGGAGAAUCUGCUGCUGGAUUCUUUCUAGCUAUUCUUAAGUUCAUCUAGCAUUUUUGGGGCCGGUCAGUUUUCGCUGAGUUUGUUUUCACCCAUGGGGCACUACGUGCCUCAGAGAUGUUGGACGCAAUUUAAGUUCUGGAGGUGAUACGCGGUGGACGUGUCGGUCUUGUCUCAGCGUUGUGAUCCGAGGCCUGCCACUUCUAGGUCGACUAUUCGCCACUCCAGACACCCAGACACGGUGCCCACAAACGUCCAGUGUUGUUUCUGUGGACAUUGAGUCUAUGAGUCACAUAUAUAUCGCUAUGUACCCCAGGCCUGGAGCAUUCCCAACGCUCGCUUUCGAUCAUUUUCCGACAGACGUGGCAUGUUUUAAAAAUCAGUGUUGUAUUUUAUGUUUUGCGACACAAACAGACGUUAGAGAAAUGAAUCUUAGACCAAAAUUCGGAACAUUUGUACAAAAUUGUCGCACGAUAAAGGCAGUUGAAAAAAUUCAAAACCACAGAAUUAUCACCUUUGACAAACAAGAAAUUUUUGCUGAAAGUGAAACUCAUGCAACUUGAGGAAACAAAAGAGACGCAAAAUUAAUUAUUCUCCUGAAAUAGACUGCCUUCACUCGGAAACAGGGAAUUGUAAAGCGUCUCUUCUCCUUGCUAAACUGGGAUCCUUCUCCUUGUCGUCGGGUUAGGCUGGGCCUAUUGCUUGGCUGCUCAUCUUUCCUUCCGACUCAUCAAUCGUUCUCACCCCCGAGUCUUGAGUAUCAGCGCAUGCGCGGUGACAACCGAUGCCGCCGCAGCAGACGACUUUGUCGGUCAGCCAUUCAAAUCUCAAUCGACGUUUCUAACCUCGGUUGGCUUGUCGGCUGUCGUCGAAACCGGGUGCCAUCUGUCGCCAGAUUGAACGCGGCCUAUGCCCUCCCAGGCUGUUUCAUAGCAAGGCCGUGAGUAACAAAACUCUCUCCACUUGGCGAGAGAAUGAUGGUGAGCAGUCUGAUUCGUCGAGCGUCGUUGCUUUCUGUUGAAAACAACAACGAGCAAGAAACUACAACAAGCGUUUUUCUAACUUUUGCGAGGAAAGCAAAGUGAUGUCGGACUUAAUUUUCAUCAGUAAAGACCUGACCUACCACCCUCAGACCCGACCGCGCUCCCUGUGUGCUAGAUGCAGCACCGGCAGAACCAACAGACAACACACGUCUCCCGGUCGGGCAGCCUGGGUCGCUGGAGAAAAGGGGCGGGGCCUCAGCAUUGAAAGGGAGGGGCGUGAGGGCAGAUCGAAUAGAAGAAGACACGCCUCAGCGAGCAACGGCGAUGCGGGGGGACAGAGGUCGCCGAGCUAUUGCUAUGUCGUGCCUCUAUCAGAAGGUGCCAACGGUGCUACGUCACGGGGUUCCAGCUCAACUACAUACAGGGAGGACUUCAAGUCACCUCGAGACCCAAAGUCAGCCCGAGACCUGUUCUUAAAGAGACAGAUCCAAUCCAAUCCAUCAUCGCCUGUCUCUUCAUCACCAUGGGCAACAUCGCCAUCAUCACCAGCAACAACACCAUCAUCUUUGUCAGCGUUCCUUCCAUCUUCUCGACGUAAUCGCUCCACCAGUUACCAGUCACCUUCUCGGAAUAAUGUGGAUGUGAAGAAGACAAGUUCAGGGUUGUCAGAUUCUCAACCGAAUUUCAGAAGGAAAACUACAUAUACAGACCAUUAUACCUGGUUGUCAUGACAACGUAGUCUGUCAAAUGGUCAGGCUUUGCCUAAUGAUGUGAUACUUUUUCGUCUUCCUUGUUAAUAAAAUACUGACUUAAACCAUGAGAUGCCAAUUUGGCAACAGUGCUGAAUACCACAGGCAUAAAAAACACGAUAUAUAUUAUGUCUGUGUUGUUUUUGUCUGGCUGCUUUCCAGGUCUGCCGAGCAUGUGAAACAUAUCUGCAGUAACUGGGAUUUGAAAACCGACAUCAAUUUAAAACUGUGAAACAAAAAAAUAAAAAACAAAAAAAGCAAAACUAAAAUCACUAGACAAAAAACAAAGCACUUUUGAUGCCUGAUCUCUAAACAAAUGGAAGCACCACUCCCAUAAAAGAAAACAAAACAAGCAGGAACAUAAAAAAAAAAUUAAAGUACAAAAUUUGUGUUCCAUUUAGAGAUUUCAAUAAUAUUCAGGCACCGGACAAAUGGAAAAGAUGCAAACAUAAAUCACAAAAAGAAGUCUCACCAGUGGUAACACCUAUUACUAUAGGCCUGUUGGACCACAGCAAGAUGAAUGUGACUGUAAUGAAGCGGACUUGUUUGAACAAUGAAAUGUAUUCAUGGAGCAAACACGGUGCGAACAAUAUUUUCAGUUAUAGCUAAAACAUAUAUAAUUGCUGCCUUAUACUUCUGAAAGAAUCAAUAUAUAGUCGGCAACAAAAAA